AUGGGCUCUAGUGAAAGUCGUACAUCAAGGAAGGAACUAGACUUCAUCAAGGUGGAAAAACCCUCCGCCGCGGCGCGUCCUGAAUCUCAGGGCCCUUUCGCUUGCGCUGAGCAUCUUAGUGAAAGCAAUGUGCUCUUGUCACUCCCUGAGUCCCCCAUCCCCCUGUCUCUUCUACGACCACAACGGAGUUCCCUGCGUCUUCUUGUGCAAAGUACCUCCUUAGGCCCCCUGUCAUUUGAUCCUGCUAAGUCCUUUCAGCUCCAAGGGACCCUUUCUACACAACCCAAUAGCCCCUCCGUUAAUAAGACGAAUCUCGACGAAAAAACACUGCAUUUGAAUAAUUACCAGGUGGAAUCGGCGUCGUUGAUGGGCUCCUCGGCACCGAGGUCCUCUUCUUUUCCAUUUCAAGCACCCCAAUCCGCAUACAACCCGCACGUUCAUUUCGUUCACGAACGCACGACUUUUGUACGCACCCAACAGACACACCCGCCCUCGGCCUACCGCUUUACGGUUUACGCGCAUAUCUACGAAUUAACUGACGGGAUAUUAGCGAAAUACGGGCCUGAGCUCAUCGGGAUUGAUACUUCCGGCGCGUACCACUCCGCUAUUGUGUGUUAUGGCAUGGAAUUUUACUUUGAAGGCGGUAUUGCGAUCGCGGGGGCGGGGAAAACACGAAACGGAACGAAAUACCAGGCCCUUCGUCUUGGAUCCACCACCGUGAGCUUCACGGACUUUCUCCGUUGGGUACGUGAGAAAGAGCAAGAUACCUAUCAAAUCCACGACUACGACAUCAAGCGGCACAACUGCCAUCACUUCACCAGCAAGGCGGCGGAGUUUCUUCUUGGCAAGGCCGAUUUAGUGCCUUUGUAUCUCUUUUCCACCACCAACGAUUUUUUCCAGAGCGAAAGGGGAGCGGCGCUGUACGAGGCCAUGUCGGUCGCCAUCCGCUGCACGCAGUAUUCGACCUCCCAUCAGCAGCUCCAGCGGGUGAUGGGCAUGCAGUCGGGGCUCUGUAGGCUGCUUCGCUGUCUGGUGAACUGCCGAAUCCCUCGACAGCCCCCCAAAGCCGUCAUCAUCUUCCACGUCGAUAACGAGGAAACCUGCAAAGCCACCCUGGACGGACUUCGCCCGUACGUCGAGCAGCUCAUCGACGCCAAGCUUCUCAAACCGGUUGUGCGAAACGUGCUGUCGUGCUUGACCAUAGAACUUUCUUUGGGGUUUGAUUCCGUCGAUAUUGCCGCCGUUCAGGUAUUUGUCGAUGUGCUGACGGAAGCUUUUUUACGCAAUCCGCCUGCGCUCUGGGGUCCGCUCCUGAACGCGCUUCGGGUUUCAAUACUCCACCACAUGGUCCUCUCGACCGUUGUAUUUCACUCUAAGUUGCUUUCCGUACUCGUUUUUGCUUCUCAAGAAUUUAUUCAUCUUUUACCUGAUGCCAAGCUAAAUCUUUUGCGGGUGAUUUGCAAUCUGGCGUGCGGGAGUCAUGGCGCGAUACUCCUGAGUGAUUAUCACUUUUUGGGUUCAUGGGUUUCACUUGUUGGGAUGGGGUUAAUGGAGCCCCACUCCGCUAUCGUCUACACUGCCUCUUGCCUUGCGGUGAAUAUCACAAUCAGCGAGAUGACCUGGAUUAUUCCAUUGAUUGCUAAUGGAGUAUCGAGGUCUACAAUGCAGAGCAAAGUGUUUUCCCUUUUAACGAUUGUUCUCUAUAAUUUAUAUCACCGCACUGAGAAAGAACUGUCAGAGCCGAGCUUUAACAUGCUUCUCACAUGUUUGAUGUGGUUUAUGAUGUGUAGUACUUCGGUAUCAAAGUUUAUAUUAACCCAUCCUUUUUACCCAUCUUACAUUAACCUCCGUCAACGAGCGAAGACAAAUGAGUCUUGCGCGUUACUAUCGAUGCUUAAUCAUUUAGAAGCCUACUACGCAUAA